CGGCCGCCCCCCCCCCCCCGCGGGCUCGCGGGCGUGAGCGCACGCGGCGCCUGGCGGGGAUGGGCAAGCCCGCGGUGCGCGGCGCUGCCCGCGCCCCAGGCCGCCGCGUGCUCGGGAGCCAGGCGGCCCGCCCCCGCCGCCAGUGCCCCGCGCCUCUGCGGCGGAGGGCCGCCGCUCUGCUGCCCGCGCUCCACCGGCACACGCGGGGGAGGCCCUUCGGGCCGCGGGCGUGGCGCGCCUGGCUGCGCCUGCGGCUGGGGGUCGCAGCCGCGGAGCUCCCCUCCGAGGAGGAGGCCUUGAGGUUGCUGCGGGGCCUCGCCAGAACCGGGCGCCCGAGCGGGCGCUCGAAGGUCGCUGCCGCCGCAGUGGCGGAGCACGCCGGCAUUGCUACGGCCGCGUGGAGGUCGUCGGGCACCCGCUACAUUGAUCCCGAGUCUACCGCAGACGUGUCCAACAUCCGCGGCUUCGCCUGCGGCAGGAUCAGCGACUCGUCACGGCGAGUCAGCUGGCACGAGUAUGGCACGCUCUAUCGCGUGUCCCGGGCGGCGGCGGCAUCGAAGGGCAAGGAGGCGUUCAAGGUAACGUCCACGAGUUGCUUCAAGCGCGUCGGCUGCUCCGUUAUCAGGAAGAAUUUGCCCGUGAUGGUUGGCGGGAGUAAGACAGAAUUCAAGGGUUCCGUUGUGUUCGAGCCGUGUCGCCAUGGAUUGAAGUUGGAGCCUGAAUGGACCUUGAUUUACCUGCACAGUUUCAGCUGCAAGGGCUCGGACUACCUGCACUUCCCCAACUACUUCGGCAUCGGCGACGCCGCAGUCCGGGUGGUGGUGCCCACGGCGCCACUGCUCGAGCAGUCCUGCUUCAAGGACUGGAACGUGUGGCGCGGAGAGCGCAUCGGCUGGCGGCCCAUCCAGUUCCGCGCGUGGUUCGACUACCUCACGGACAGGGCCGGCAGCGCGGAGAACGACCUGGAGCUGGGCAGCCUCCUGGAGAUGCGCGCCAGGCUCCACGCGCUGAUCCAGCAGGAGGCGGCCCGCCACGGCGGCGACAGCAGGCGCGUCAUCCUCGGCGGGGCGUCGCAGGGAUGCUGCGUGGCGCUGGACGCCGCGAUGACAUACCCGGGAGAGCUCGGCGGCGUUGUGGGGCUCGUGGGGCAUCUCCUCGGGUGCACCCCGCUGGACAUGUCGAAGCGGGCCAUGCCGAUCCACCUUUUCCACGAGGCAACCGACAAGGAGAUGCGGUGGAGCUGGGUGAAGGGCACAGUGCAGAGACUGAUCGACGCGGGCUUCGACGUCACCUCGAGGCGCGAGAAGGAGGGAACGGGGUCGGGCCACUGGAUCCAGGCUUUACGGCUGGCGUCGCCGACCCUGAAGAUGCGGACGCUGACCAAGACGAGGUAGAAGGAGGAGAAGUCGGACAUCGAGGGCAGGUGGAUCCGCGCCGCCCUCCGCCGGAUCACCCUGGGCGCCUGACGCGCCCCCAUCCCGGCCAGGCCCCUUCCUUGAGCACCUGCGACAGCGGCAGUCGGAGGAGCAGGGCUGGUGCGGCGCGACGCCGCCUUAGCCCCAGGCUUGGCCUGGCAGGGCAGCUGGUCUGCACCGGCCUUCCAUCUCCUCCUCCUCCUCAUCCUCCU